AUGAGUUUUGCGGAAUUUCAUUCAUGCCACUUGCUUGUUGGUAUUGUUCUUGCACUGUGCUUUAACCAAGUCUCAUCCACCACCAAUGAAACAGAUAGACUAACGCUGCUCGCAUUUAAGGCCGACAUUACCGGAGAUCCUUUCGGUGUGCUCAACUCUUGGAACAAUAGCAUUGGGUUUUGCCAGUGGUAUGGCAUUACGUGCGGUUGCAAGCACCGGAGGGUCACGGUCUUGAAAUUGCGAUCACAAGGACUCUCCGGAUCAAUCUCUCCUCAUAUCGGAAACCUCAGCUUCUUAAGGGAGAUGUUGCUGCAAAACAAUACUUCAGUCAAGAAAUCCCUCCAAAACUUGAAGAAAGCAAAUGAACCAAUUUCAAGUUCGAUAAAUGAUUCACGUCCGAACGUGUUGUAUGGAGCACUCGUAAAAGCAACAGAUGGUUUUUCUUUGACGAAUUUGAUCGGUGUUGUAAGCUUUGGUCAUGUUUAUAGGGGGAUACUCGAGGACAAUGGAAUUGUUGUUGCCGUGAAGGUGCUUCAUUUAGUCCAUUGUGGUGCUUUGAAGAGCUUCAUGGUGGAGUGCAAGACAUUAAAGAACAUCAAACAUCGAAAUCUCUUGAAGAUACUAUCAGUUUGCUCGGGAAGUGAUUAUCAAGGAAAUGAUUUUAAGGCCUUAGUUUAUCAAUUCAUGGACAAUGGAGGCCUAGAACGAUCUCUGCACCCAAUCACAAUAUCUCAUGGGAAUGAACUCCCGAAAAAGUUGAAUUUCAUUCUGAGGUUAAAUAUUGCUAUUGGUGUUGCUUCUGCACUGGAUUAUCUUCAUCAUCAAUGCCACAUCCCCAUUGUUCAUUGUGAUCUAAAGCCAAUUAAUAUCCUCUUAGACGCGAAGAUGGUCGCACAUGUUGGCGACUUUGGAUUGGCUAAAUUCUUUCUUGGAUCAUCCCUGGAUACUAUAGUUAAUCAGAUGAGCUCAAUGGGUCUUAGAGGGACAAUUGGUUAUGCUCCACCAGAAUAUGCAAUGGAAUGCAGGGUUUCAAGAGAUAGAGACGUCUAUAGUUACGGCAUUCUCUUACUAGAGUUGUUCACAAGCUUGAGUCCCACCGAUAAUAUAUUCAGAGACAAUUUGACUCUUCAUAGUUUUGUCGCAAAAGCUUUGCUUGGACGAGUACUUGAAAUUACAGAUGGCGUUUUGCUUCAAGAAAGAGAGAGCCAUUUAGGGCCCUGUAGUCCCCAGCAAAUGCUUUUCGAAAGCGAUGGCAGAUUUCAAGAGUGUUUGGUUAUGGUGUUCAAUAUUGGAGUCGCUUGUUCGUACAGUAUGCCCGGAAGAUGGAUGAGCAUCAGCGGAAUUGCAAAUCAGUUGCAACAGAUUAGGGAGAAACUCUUUGCAUUGGGUUUACAUGGAGAAGAUGAUUUACUAACAGCUUCUGUUUAG